AUGCGGGAGCUAUACACAGCUGUGCGUCAGGUGCUUCUUUUUCACCCGCAUACUGUGACGAAUUAUGGUAAUCCUUCUCCGAAUGCAUUACAGAGUUCGGGUUCACAGUCUAUUAGCAUGAAGGAAUCAUCAGAACUUCUUGUUACGAAUCUUAUUCGUGUUCUCUCCUUGGGGUUACAUGAAGGAUUGGAUCUGUGGACUGUACUUGAGACACUUGAACGGGUGCCUAACAAAAUUGCCCAAGAAGAAUUAAGUAAUCCUGCUAGGAAAGCUCUCCACCGUUUAAAAUUUUCUGGUCAACUAGUUUAUGUUGUCAAGUCUACUUUUGUUCGUAGUACUGCUGCAGUGCGGACUCGAGCAUUACUGCGUCUGGCGUUAAAUCAAGGAGUUCUUCUUGCUGCAUUAGAACUUAUUUCACGAUGGAAUGGGGAAGAGCUGGCAACGUUCUAUGCUAAUCCCUCUAUUAGUGUUCUUUGUUCUGUGGAUGAGGAGCUGUGGGAUACUUUUCUUCAUGCCUGUGCCCCUAUUGGUGGUGUGACGCUUGCAGACAUUGAGGCUGGUGUACCAAAAGGGGCCACGGUGAUGAAGUUCAAUAUGAAGUUGGCACUUCCUGAUAUGGAUGAUCAUAAUGAUAAUCAUGAUAGUGGACACGGUGUUAGUGCUGGUGUUGUUGAUAGAGGUAUCGGUAUUAUUGGAGGAAGUAAGGAUAGUGAGGGUAAUGGUUUAUGUGAGAAAGAUCACAGGGAGGAGAGCCACUAUGGCGAUGAUAACGCAAAACUUCAGCAGCAGACGACAUUUGACGAUAACAGUGAUGUAGUUCACGUACAACUAAUACCAGUUGGGAAUCGCUCACAGGAGGGUGAUAGGGAAGGUUGUAAACGGAAAAAGAAAAAGAAUAAAAAGAAGAAUGCCAAUACAAAGAAAAAUGGAAAUGGAGGAAAGGAAAUAGUGAAAAUGGAAGAAGAAGAAGAACAGCAACAACAACAACAACAACAACAGGAAGAAGAAGUUGCUAGUGUACCACUCUCUUUCUUGGUGGAUGAUUCUAAUUUGCCGAAAGAUACUCUUGCUUCUGUUACAUGUAGUGACAGUAAAAUGAAUCCAUCUUUACAGUCUAUGGAAUUUGUAGAUUUUAAACGUUUAUUAGAUGAGGCGGAGUUACUUCUACUUGAACGUUGGGAGCAUCUCUCUGCGCAGUUGUCAGCACAGGAGGCUUUGUUGUUUGGACAAGUUGACUGUCUUUGA